UGGUCGAUCAGUAGCAGAGGGACUCAGCCAAGAGAGAAGGAAAGGGAGGGGGAUCAAUAAACUGUCUUUCACUCUUUUACUCUCUCUGGUGGGCUGUCUGCAUGAGGCUUGCCCCCGUGCUUAGAACAUUGUUCGGUCCUCGAGCGUGCGAGGGAGCCUGUACGAAUCCCAUUAGACUCUGACAUUUGGGGGGAAACCAUGACAACAGCAGAGACCGGAGAAAACUGCCAAUAGACUCUGAUGUGAGCGAAGGAGCAUUUUAUUUUUUUUACAAUACAAUUUUAUUUCAAAGCCCUGACUUUUUCUCUGUCAAGUAUGAAAUCCUCGAAGAAGCGCGCGGAGCAGAAUAUCCUGAGAGUUCUAUGGGGAGUGAUGGUCAUGGCCUCGAGCGGUCACGGCGCACGAGUUGUCAGUGGUCAGACGGUGUGUCAGGGAGGGGAGGAGCAUCCAUGCUAUAAGAUCGCCUACUUCCGAGGCAUGACCAGCCGUGUUGCAUUCUGGGAGGCCAGCCAUACGUGUGAGAUAGACGGAGGGUCGCUGCUGAGCAUAGAGAGCGCUGCAGAGCAGAGCCACAUAGAACACCUGCUACAGGAGCUUCGGACCUCCUCAACAGGAGCGGGGACAGAAACGGGGGUAGGAGCAGGUACCGGUAAUGGAGGAAUAGCAGACGGUGAUUUCUGGAUCGGGCUGAUGAGGACAGAAGGAGAAAGCACACAGGAAAACGGCGGCUUCGCCUCCUGUCCUGACCUCUACCGCUGGACCGACGGGAGUGUGUCCCAGUUCAGGAACUGGUAUUUUGACGAGCCGUCGUGCGGAGGGGAGGCGUGUGUAGUGAUGUACCACCAGCCUACAGCUCUCCACGGGCUGGGCGGGGCCUACAUGUACCAGUGGAACGAUGACAGGUGCAACAUGAAGCACAACUUCAUCUGCAAGUACGAACCAGGUACGAAGCAUCACACAGAGAGCCGUCUGGUGAAGGAGCAGGGGGACAGGCCUGGAGCUCGUGACCCAGAUGUGACGGUGGUGCAGACAGAUGAGGUCAAACAAUCCGGACCCAGUGAGGACGACGCCCCACACGUAGUCAUAGCUGGAUCCUCAGGUAUGCUGCUGGUCUAUGUAAUCAUCCCCACCAUCCCUCUGCUGCUGCUCAUCCUGGUGGCUUCUGGGACUUGCUGUUUCCAGAUGUUUAGUAAGAGCAAACCAAUGACCAAAACCAGUGUUAACCACCAAUCAACGCUCUGGAUCUCCAAGACACCCAAGACGGACAGCAUGGAAGUGUGAACAGCAGGUUACAUCACAAACAAGAAAAACAGAAUAGGCAAAACUAACUGAAUGAUACCUCUCUUUCCCUGAUACUAUCCUCUGUUCAAAAUACAUCUAACUAUCCACCUCAAUCAAUCAUCUGCUCUCCUCUUCUGCAUUUCCUUUGUUCAAUUUGUUCAUGUCUCCACCACUGUUUUCAGUUUUCCCUUAUUUCCGUUCCCCUCCCCUCUCCUCCUCUCCACCCCUCCUUGUCCUGUCCUCUCGUUAAUGUGUUCCAGCCAACAAAAAUGAAACGACUUAAUGGAUAAUUUGGCAAUCCUCGUACCUCUCUGAUAUCAAGGUAAACAUACAGUGUUGCCUUUUCCCCUUGCUGCUGUUGCCAGGGAGUUUUUGCUGGAAUCACAGUGUCUGUGCAUGUGAGCGUGCUACCGUGUGUGUACACUAAUGUGUGUGUGUGUGUGUGUUACACUAAUUGAUCUCAAACAGGGGAAGUAAUUAAGUAUCAGUAAUUAAGGGUGGUGCGAGGGGGACACUGAUAAAAUAAGGAAUUGAACCAUCCCCUGUGACCAGGAAUAGGGUCAGAGCCACUUAACACAUCACACAGAUUUACUCCUGAACAGCAGCACUCGUCCCACACAGGGAGGGGUAAGAGAGGAGGUAGAGGGGGGGAAAAGAGGAACAUUAAGGGAAAGUGAAUAAAAGAUUAAAAGAGAGGGAAAGAGUGGGAAAAGAGGGAGGGAGAGGGAAAAUAGGGAAAUAGGGCUUUAAAAUGGAAAUUGAAGUUUGUUGUUUGAUCUGCUUCCCGUGGUUCGGGGUUAGUACUAGCUUAACUCUCUGUUCCCUCGGCAGGGAGCUAUGUCUAAGACAGGAUCCUUCAGUCAGCUAAAUUACUUUCCUAAAUGUCCUGAAAAAACCUUAUUACCUAGUUAUUAUAGAAAGAUGAACUUGAAAACAUACUGACAUACCGACCUGAUUAUCUGUAUCUGUUGUCAUGCAGAGGGAUAUUAUCAAAGUUGACCAUGACUUUCUAUUGUGAAGGUAUAAUGCUAUUUCUUAUUAUUUUUGUUAUCCAAAACUACACACUGUGUUUUGGGAGAGGUUGCUACCAAGAUGAGGACCAAAGCUAGUGAACACUACAGAAGGGGCUUUUCAUUAUAAAAUCUACUUCAAUGCAUAAUGCCAGUAAAUAUCUCAUGGAUGAAACAGUCAAUAUUUAUCCAAUAUUUAUCACCGCCUGAUAUGACUACUAUAAGUGCAGUUUUGUGCAUGUUACAUGGUCUACAAUGUUAUGUUCUAUAAUCUGUAUAAGCGUUGCCUGAUGUGAAUGAGAUUAUCAACCUGGCUAAUAUUGAUACAUGCCAUACAUCUCAACUUCUCCUCAGAUGUCCUAUGUUAUUGUUUUUAUAUGAUGGAAUAUAUGAGCAUACUACAUGUGUGUUAUCUUUCAAUGGUAAAGACACGUGUAGCACGCUCAACCAUUGAACGAGGUUUUAAUAAGGGAUUUGUGUAUAUUUCAGUGUGUUGGAUGGAGUGUUGUACAUACAUUAGGUUCUAGAGUUUCUAGAAACACAUACAGUAGAUCUGCGGUACAUAUAUGAGACUAGGUUCUGGUAAUGGUAUGGUACGUAUUGGAGCCUGUGUGUGAAUGUGAUGUUAAGAAGUGGUGUGUUUUGUACCCAGCGUUGUGAUGCAGUCACUGUCCUGCUAGCAUGUCUACCCACAGCCAGAGAUAAAAACAGAGUUUAUAAAGAGCCAUGCAAAAACUUUAAGAAACCUUUUUCACCCAUAAAUUGUUUUGUGACGAGAUAACUCAAUAAAAGGCUUUAUGUGAUU